CCUUGAAGAUAGUUACCUUAUCUAAACGCUGAGGACAUAAACUCAAGAUUCGAUCCAUCAUACAAGCCCACCAUAGCUUCCCCCUCUCUUAUUCCAUGGAGAUUCUCCUGAAAUCAACAUUCCCCAGCUUCUCCAAGCACCCAAAUAUUCCAACAAUCAAACCCACCAAACCCUUGAGGGUUUCGAUCAAACCUCCGCCUCCAGACUUUGAUUUCAGGUCGGAGAUAUUGCAAGAAUCCAGAGCCUUAAUUUCCGAAUCCCAUCCACAACUGCAAGACUUGGCUGAUACAGGCAGCUUAGUACUGAUUGAAAAGCGACUUUUUGGUCCAGUACCGGCGUGGAGGACCGAGUUUGUUGAACCGGAGGCCAUCUGGUUACUUGGAACCACUCAUAUUUCCAGUGAAUCCGCCGCAGAGGUGGAGCGUGUAGUCCAGGCUGUGAAGCCUGACAAUGUGGUAGUUGAACUCUGUAGAAGCAGAGCUGGGAUUAUGUACAUUAGUAAUGAAGGUGAGAUUGGAAAAGAAUUAAAGUCAAGCAUGUUCUCACUUAGUGGGACUGGCUUUUUUGGUGCUGUGGGACGCAGCAUAAACCUGGGGGGUCAAACAGCUCUAGCCUUGCGUUUGCUUUUGGCACUUUUCUCCUCUAAAUUAUCUUCUGAUGUCAAUCGCCCUUUGGGAGACGAGUUUCGUGCUGCUCGAAAAGCGUCUGAAGAAGUUGGUGCUCAAAUAGUUUUGGGGGAUCGGCCAAUUGAGAUAACGCAGCUUGAAAGGGCGUGGAAGGCUCUGAAGUGGAAUGAGAAGCUUAAUUUAGUAACAUCAGUUGUUCGUGCAAUCACUUCAUCAUCUGAUACAUCAAGAAACAAUUUUAAGGUAUCAAGUACAGAAGAUGGGACCUUUCAGCUAUAUGAGCAACUAAGUUUUACAUAUCCAUCACUCCUGCAGCCUCUUCUACAUGAACGAGACACUUACCUGGCAUGGUCUCUGAAACGGAGCAAAGCCGUGAACAAGAGCAAGAGAGUAGUGGGGGUGAUUGGAAAGGGACAUAUGAAUGGGGUAAUAUAUGCAUUAGUUUCAGAUCAGGGAAACUUGCGCUUUCGAGAUCUCGUCGGAAACAGGCCUUCCGGUGACGGCUUUAAUGGAUUUGUUGAUAGUCUUGUUAGGAGUUUGGUCAGAGACACUGUGAUAGGCGUCCUGCUUUGGCAAUUGUACGAGCAGAUCAAAGGAGCUUUAUAGUAAUGACAAUACUCUUUUAUAGGUUUUUUAUAAAAAAAAAAAAAUUGUUAUAGUUUUUCAAGGUUAAUUUCAUCGAUUGUCAUUCAAUUUAGGGGUGACGCCCAUUAAUAUCAGUAUGUACUAUAAAAAUUAUUUAUAAACUAUUUAUAAAUUAAUUUCCUAACUUUUUUUUACCA